AACAAAAUAUAGCAUGUCUGGUUAUGAAAUUAAUCUAUUCCAACCUAAGCCUGAGCAUCACUAUAUUUGUUUGGUUUGCAAUAAAAUUGUAAAGGACCCUCGAGAAUGCGGUUGGUGUGGUUAAAUGUACUGCAAUGAAUGUGUAGCCCAAAAGCCCAUUUGUCAAAGUUCUUGUUGUCCUAAAGGAGUACCUCAACAAUAUAACAAACUUUAAGGGGCAAUGCUUAAAGUUUAUAAGAAUUUGACAUUAACUUGCCCAAAUCUCAAAUGCAAAAAAUUAUUCACAAUUAUAGAUUUUGAGUAACAUCUAACAGAAUGUGCAAAAUAAAAAUGUCAAAAUUAUGAUGUAUGCAACAACUUUUUAACAUUGGAGAAAAAUAUGUAAUUCUAUAAAUAAAGUUUAGCUAAUAAUUAUAUUGCAGUGUUAUUUGUGAAUGUACUGUAUCAUUAUUUAAUAAUGCAGGAGCUUCCAGAAAAUAAUAUGAGAUUAUUAAACAGUACGUAUCUCAGUUACCUACUUCACCAUCUCAAAUUUAGAGUAGAUAAAAUUAAAUAAUUCAAUAACAAUCUGUAAUGGGUGAUGGAAGUAUUAUUUUUAAAUGGGACAAAAAUAAAUGUUUUGAUGGUUUAUUAUUAUCGAUGGGAGAUCUUUAUGUGUAAAUUAAAGAUGGCUAAUACAAUUUCAGAACAGCAUUGGGAGAUAUGGUAUUUUUUAUAUUUUAUGAAGCCAAUUGAAGGGGGGGUUCAUUAUUGGGAAAUUGAAGUAGAUAGCAAAACAGAUGCUGAAUUUAAAAUUGGUGUUUUUGUAGGAAAUAACGUAAAGUUGGAUGUUGCAUUUUGUGACAGUGUUUAAGGAUUUGCAUAUUAUGGAUAAGGAUCAUUAAGAAAUGGACAAGCUGUUGGGUAAUAGUAUGGAAAAAAAUUCAGAAAUGAAUGUGUUAUAGGUGUCUAUCUAAAUAUGAAUAAUGGUAAUUGAUAUCAUAAAUUGUUUAAGGAACUCUGGCCUUCUCAUUAAAUGCUGAUUAUUAGGGAAUUGCGUUUCGAUCAGAGUUGCUUAAAAAAGGGCCAAUCUAUCCUGCAGUAGCUAUGGUACAUGCAGGUGGUUGUAUAUUAAAAUCUGGAAUACCAAUACCUAAAUAUAUGGAAUAAUGAUAUUUAUUCAACUUCUUUUGC